AUGCGCUUCUCGCGGAAGUUGCUGGGCCCGUUUGUGGGCUCUCUGGCCAAAAAACUCGAUUAUUACAGUCAAUUUCAACCCUCUUCGCUCACAAUUCAGCAAUAUUUGGACUUUGGACGAAUAGGAACUGCAGCCAACUCGUACACAUUUCUCAAAAAUGAGCUUCUCGUCAGGCUUGCCAAUAUCAUGCAGGAAUUCACACUUUUGCCACCAAAGCUUCUUCAAAUGCCUAGCUCAAAAAUGGUGUCAAAUUGGUAUGCGGAAAGUUUUGAGGAUCUUCUGUGUUUCGAGGCUUCUGAUGCUUCACCAGAACAAGUGGCAAGAUUCAACGAUCAACUGACAGUUGUGCUGAAAAGACACGCUCACGUCGUCGAAACAAUGGCCGAAGGAUUGAUUGAAUUGAGAGAAUCUGAUGGUGUAGAUAUUGCCAGCGAAAAGGGAAUUCAAUAUUUCUUGGAUCGGUUUUAUAUCAACAGAAUAUCUAUUCGCAUGCUUCAGAACCAGCAUCUGGUCGUCUUCGGAAAUGUGCUCCCAGAGAGUCCACGCCAUGUCGGUUGCAUUGAUCCGGCUUGUGACGUGGAAAGUGUAGUGUACGAUGCAUUCGAAAACGCCCGAUUCCUCUGCGAUCGUUACUACUUGACAAGUCCAUCGAUGAAGUUGGAAAUGCACAACGCUGUUGAAAAGGGAAAACCGAUAUCGAUUGUAGCUGUCCCAAGUCAUUUAUAUCACAUGAUGUUCGAACUGUUUAAAAAUGCCAUGAGAGCAACGGUCGAAUAUCACGGCGUUGAUGAUGAUUUGCCGGAUAUCAAGGUGUAUGUUGUCAAAGGACAAGAGGAUCUUUCUAUCAAGAUCUGCGAUCGUGGAGGUGGCGUGUCAAGAACCAUUCUAGAACGUCUCUACAACUACAUGUACUCAACUGCUCCGCCGCCACCAAGAGAUGGAACUCAAGCUCCAUUGGCUGGAUAUGGAUACGGACUGCCACUAUCCCGUCUCUAUGCUCGAUAUUUCCUUGGUGAUCUCUUCCUUGUUUCAAUGGAAGGACAUGGAACUGAUGCGUGUAUUUAUUUGAAGGCUGUUCCCGUGGAAGCAAGUGAAGUUCUUCCAAUCUACAGUACAUCAUCCCGUCGAAACUUGACAAUGGGUCCACAAGUUGCUGAUUGGUCUCAUCAUGUACCUGGACAAGGAAAUCGUCCAGCUCAAUCUUGA